AUAGAUAUGUUUUCAGUUGUCCUCGAAAUAAAAAAUAUUUAUCUUAUUUUCCCCAUAUUUACCCUUCUCCGUAGUUCGUGAUCUUCCAUCAUUCUCAGGCUCUUCUUCCCCAUUUCUUCAUUGGCCUUUUUGGGCUCUCACAUUCUCUCCUUCCAGUUCAGAGAAUCUCUGAUAUAGCUUCUGAUAAGUUUACAAGCUUUGCUAUUCGGUAUCAAAUUUUGAUUUUGAUAAGAAGCCAUAAAAGAUGAAAAGGGAUUCUCGAAAUUCUCGAAGGCAAUAUAACAAUAACUCUGUUGAUGAGGAAGCCAUGUCUAGAAGAAAGCAUCAAAACCUACUCCAGGAGUUCUUGGAUUUGCAAAAGGAAUUUGUUUCGAAGAAGAACAAAUUGGAGAUGGUUAACCAGAUGCAAGGAACCCUUUUGAAUGAAGUUCGAUUUCUGAGACAGAGGUACAACUACUUAUCAAUGAUCAAGUCUCAAGAAUAUGAACUACAACAAGAUUUUGUUCAAUCACAAUACCCCUACCUGCAAAGCAAAAUGGCUAAGAAGCAUGGUGUCAAUGAAUCUAUUGAGAGGAGACCAAGUUUUUUUCCUGAUUCAUGUCCAAAUGUGGUUCAUGUGGAAGAGGGUGGGAGAAGUCAUGUAGAUGUUCAGGCGGCUUUGAGAAAGGGGAAGAAGCCCAAAAAGCGUUUGAUCAAUGGAAAAAGGGUUGGGAAGAGGAAAAUCUCAUGGCAAGAUGAGGUGGCUUUGAAGGUCUAAAUGUAAUAAUGAGAAUUGUUUUCACUCACAGGUUAGCAGGAUUAAUUGUCUCCCUGUUAAACCUUUUUAUUGGCAUUGCUACAGAUUAGUACUAUCAUUGUCUUACCCUUAUUUCUUCAAUACUGUAAAUCAGGGCAAAUUUGCUCGGUU